GUGGUGUCGAGGACAGCACCCCACGAUGGCGGACAUCGCGGUGAACAAACAGGUGCUCUCCGAAGGCGCUGGAGAGGACUAUGAGCGUCCUCCGGUGCACGAUCAAGUGACCAUUGUCAUGAGCUGCACAACUGCGAAUGACGACGAGAAGGACGUCGCACUGCGGUACGCCAAGGGGGAUCUGUCCACGUCUGCAGCGUCGCUUGAUCCCUUGAAGCGCGUUGAGCGGGCAGGCGAAAUCAAGACGAUUGGCAACGAUUUCUUCAAGCAGGGCAACAUGGAGGCUGCCCUCACCUGCUACUCAGACUGCCUCACCCUCCUCGCCGAGGACUUUCGGUUUGCUCCAGAGAUCAAGGCGCAGUCGCGGGCCCUCAAGAUCCCCAUCUGCCUGAACAUUGCCGCGUGCCAGCUGCGCCAGCGCAAGUUCCGGGAUGUUGUUGGGAUAUGCACAGAGCUGCUGCAGCAGGACGCCACGCUCGUCAAGGCAUACUUCCGCCGCGCAAAGGCGCACCAGGCCCUCGGCGACUUUGACGAUGCGUUGCAGGACUACGAGGCCGCACUGCACAACUCCGACGAAUCAAGCGAAGGGCUGCGCGCGUCGUUUGUGAGCGCGAUUGAGCGGGUGAAGCAGGCAAAGGCGGACCAGGACAAGCAGGAUAAGAAGGUGUAUGAACGCAUGUUCAAGGAGACAAAGUAAACGAGCAGUGGCUGGAGUACGGUCAACG